GCUGAGUCAUUUUCAAACCGUUUUGGGUUAUUUACCGUUCUUGAAAAAGGGUGGAUAUAAGAGAGCGUUUUCUAUUGGUCGUUGGUUCAUUGUGUGAGAGGCGGGCAGUCCUAUGGCUGCGGUCAGCAUCUGGAAGAAGUUACUCACGCUGUUGCUUACCUUGGAGAGUAUACCGGAGUACAACUGCAAUUUCAAAAUGUCUUUUGUAAAAAUUGACGAGAAGUCCGACUUCUCCUAUCACAAUUUACCAUACGGCGUGUUCUCGACACCGGAUAAUCCCAGGCACCGGAUUGGGGUUGCUAUUGGAGAUCAGAUUUUGGAUUUGAGCGUUAUAAAAUCUCUCUUCAGAGGUCCUGUGCUCUCCAAUCAACAGGAUGUGUUUGACCAGCCGACCCUGAAUGCGUUCAUGGGUCUGGGGUACGAGGCAUGGAGGGAGACCAGGAGGAGUCUACAGCAGCUGCUGUCUGCCAACGAGACCACGCUCAGAGACGACGUCAGCCUCAGGAGCAGAGCGUUUUUCCAUCAGAGUUCAGCCAUGAUGCAUCUGCCUGCUGAGAUAGGUGACUACACUGACUUCUACUCAUCCAGGGACCAUGCCACCAAUGUUGGCAUUAUGUUCCGAGGGAAGGAGAAUGCCCUGAUGCCCAACUGGUUGAGGCUGCCCGUGGGGUAUCAUGGCAGGGCUUCUUCCAUAGUGGUGUCUGGGACCCCCAUACGCAGACCCUCUGGACAGAUGAGACCCGACCAAUCUAAGCCUCCUGUGUUUGGCCAGUCCAAGCAGGUGGACAUUGAGCUGGAGAUGGCAUUCUUUGUAGGUGGAGGUAAUCGUCUUGGUGAGCCCAUUCCCAUAGAGAGAGCCCACCAACACAUCUUUGGCAUGGUGCUAAUGAAUGACUGGAGUGCCAGGGAUAUCCAGGCGUGGGAGUACGUUCCUCUGGGUCCGUUUCUGGGGAAGAACUUUGGGACAACCAUCUCACCCUGGGUGGUUCCCAUGGAGGCCCUGCUGCCCUUCGCUGAGCCCAACACUGUCCAGGAUCCAAAGCCCCUCCCUUAUCUAUGCCAUGACGAUGCCUUCACCUUCAACAUUAACCUGUUUGUGUCAUUGAAAGGAGAGGCAAUGAAGGAAGCAGCCACUAUAUGCAAGUCCAACUUCAAGUAUAUGUACUGGACUAUGAAGCAGCAGUUAGCUCAUCACACAGUCAACGGCUGUAACGUCAGACCUGGAGACCUGCUGGCCUCAGGAACCAUCAGUGGACCGGAUCCAGACAGUUUUGGUUCUAUGUUGGAGUUGUCAUGGAAGGGUUCUAAGACCGUGGACCUGGGAGGAGGAGAGACAAGAACCUUCCUAAAGGAUGGAGACGAUGUCACUCUUACAGGUUACUGUGAGGGGAAUGGGUAUAGGGUGGGUUUCGGACCGUGUGCUGGGACCAUUCUACCAGCCCUGUAACCAUGAGAAUCAUCCACCCUCAAUGUCUCUUCCAUCCUGGGGGGGAGUAAUGUUGUUACUGAAGUCCUUUAAAAGAGACAAUCCGGGAUUUUAAAUACACCAAAUCAUUCAGAUGGAUGAACGUACCAAUCCAGGAUUGACCCUUUAAAUGUUCAUUUUAAUGAAGGAUUCUUGUUUAUCAUUCUAAAGUAUUGUUACCAGAAGCAGUAUUAUAUUCCAUAAUGUUGUAACUAUGUGGUUUGGGACCUGACAUCUAAAAGCUAUAAAUGUUUAAACUCUUCUGUGA